UAUUUAAACACAUUAAUAGCCCUGUUCUGAUGUGAAAUUUUUCUUUUUUAAAAAAACAAAGCUGUGUUGACACAGCCUUAUAUGCCGGCCAUCAGAUAUGAUCUCCUAUCACCACCGUCCAUUUCAACCAUUAACGGCUAGUUUUGUACGUUGAUCAAGUCAAAACUCCUCCUUCGUCCUCCCACUACAUGCCCAUUCAAACUUCCUAACUCCUAAGCUUAAAACAUCCCAAUCCCUCCAUCUAUAUAUACUCCUGCCUUAACCAUUAUCUUCACUACAAGAGCACUCAGGCCUCGGGUUUCUAAUUUCACCAAACAUUGAAGUUUGAAAUUUUUCUUUCCUGAAAUGGCGUCUCAGACGAUCGUCGACAGCCACCGGGAGGGCGCUGAGGUCUUUCAGGGCGAUGAAAUCUGCAGGAAGAAGUCCAUUGAAUUGCUCGAAGAGCUCUGCCUUCCAAAGGGUCUUUUUCCCUUGGAAGAUAUUGAGGAAUUCGGCUAUAACCGUACUUCUGGCUUCAUAUGGCUGGUUCAGAAGAAGAAGAAAGAUCAUGUGUUCAAGCCAAUAAAGAGAGCUGUGUCUUAUGCUCCGGAGGUUACUGCUUUUGUUGAGAAGUAUAAGUUGAAGAAGCUGACUGGUGUUAAGACUAAAGAACUUCUGAUCUGGCUCUCUGUUGUAGAAGUCUAUUUUGAGAAGCCCACAUCCGAAAAACUCACCUUCAAGACAGGCACCGGCCUUUCGGACAGCUUCCCAGCUUCUGCCUUUGAGUUGGCAGAGUAGUUCCAUGGGCAGGAAAAUGUCAGAAAAAAAAAAAAAACUUUGAUUACAAGUUUCACAUGAGUGCUUCAUUAAAUGUUUAAUGAUUUCUGAUCAUAGUAUGUGUUUGUAGCUUGUCAUUGAAGAAGUUUAGCUUCUACAAUUUGUCAAAUUGCAAAACGGUCGA